AUGGAAGAUUUUGCAAUACCAGAGUAUGCUCUCCCACGAGCGUCUCUAGUUCCUAUACCUCAGGCUGCACAGCACGGGCUAGAACCAAUCGAGCACCUCAUUAUCAUCUGUCGAUCCCCUUUACUUGCUAUUUCCGAGGAGAAUUACGAAUCUGAAGCCGCAAAGAUUGCACGUUUGUUUGCUGAAGACAAGGGCCAUUCCAAGAGUUUCCUUGCGAAUCGUCCAGACGAGGACGAUACCUCCAGGCAGCAACCCGUAUCCGUGUACCCUCUGUCAACUGUUGACAGACCCACAAUCCAGCAAUCCCAUGCAUCCACUCUCGGAUCGCAUCAUAUUUUCUAUUCGCAUUAUUGCGGGCCUCCUUGUCAUUGGGAAAAAGUCUAA